GUCUCCACCCCCUCUAUUCCUCUCCUUCAGCAGCAUCUUCCUUUUCCAGGGCGUUUUGAUGGUGGUGGAUAGCAGGCCGGGGCUUUCUUGGUUUCUUGGUAUCUUUCCAUCUUUAGUUUUUCUUUCUUUCUUUCUUUCCUUCUUUCCUUCUGUAUCUUGCGGUGGGCAGAGGGCGCGUGGUCUGUACUCUGAUGGGCUCUGGAGUUUGAUGUUUGCAUUGCAUGUUUUGGCCGGUAGUUGCACUUUUAUCAAGAUCACACACCACCAUACGUCUUCUUUCUCGUGCCUCUGGUCCACGGCGGCGGCGGCGAAGUGUCCAUCGUUUCUUGCGUAUCAUCCCAUCAUCCCACCAUCCAUCCAUAUAUUACCGCAUAACUGCAUAGCUGCAUAACUGCAUCAUGCAACAGCACGCAGCGCCGUCCGUCCGUAUCAGUUUCCAAGCGCAAGGACGGG